CGUGUACCCCUCACUCCGCGCGCCAGUUCCAGCGGUGUUUGGGAACCAUGGCUGCCGCCAACCCGUGGGACUCAGCGUCCGCGCCGAGUGCAGCCGGGUUACUGCUGAACCACUUGGUGGCUUCGGGGAUAGUCACUGAGGAGAUGAUAGAUAUAUCUAAGAAAAUGGCUCCUUGCUUUGAGAACUUUUCAAGAUUACAACAGAUCUCAGAUAUUCAAACUGAAAUUUACCAGAACAACCUGGAAAUUGAACUUCUGCAGCUAGAAAAAGAUACAGCAGAUCUUAUUCAUCCUUCUUAUUUAGUUGAAAAGUGUGAUGCUCUGCAAAGCAUGAAUAACCAUCUGGAAGCAGUGCUCAGAGAGAAGCAGGCCAUCAGGCAAAGACUGCUGAGAUCCACAUGUGAGAAGAACUUGCCAUUGGAAGCCGUUUAUCACAGAUAUAUGGUAAAUUUGUUGGAAUUGGCUGUGAGUUUCAUUGAGAAAUUGGAAACCCAUCUUGAAACAAUUAAGAAUAUCCCUCAUUUGGGUGCAAACCUAAAGAAUAUGAGCAAGGCUUUAGCCAAGAUGGAUAUUUUGGUGAACAAGACAGAAGAACUGGCAGAGAAUAUACUCAAGUGGCGAGAACAACAAAAGGAAAUUUCCCUGUGUAUCCCUAAGAUACUAGCUGAAGAAAAUUACCUUCAUGAACUUGAAAUAGUGCCUCCUUUAUCUUCUGUUUCUAAAGCUCACACCCAAACUGUUAAUGACAAGUGAUUGCCAUCUUUACUCUUGCUUAAUUACAUGUCGUUAAAGAAGUCUGUUUCUAGGUUAGUACGACAGGGAUAUUGAUAAGUGUUUGUUGCUAGCAGCACUGAAAGAGCCCUUUUUAUAUUGGAGGGCCAGAGAGCUACCUCAGCAGGGAAAAGCUCCUGCUUCAAGCCUGACAGCCUGAAUUCAGUCCGUGGGAUCCCAUAUCAGAAGGGGAUCACUGACUCCCACAGGUACGCCUCUGACAUGUGUCAUCAUGUGCAUGUGCUUAAAUCAAAGUAACAUGUAGAGAGUAAUAAGAGAAGGGAGCUGGGGAACAUUGGAGUCCCAGAAUUUCAGGUUCAUUAGAAUCAAACUGACCUUUUUUUUUUUCUUCACAUAUUUUCACUCUUCAGUGGAGCUAAAAAUGAUCAAAUAUAUAUAUAUGAUAAUUUAUUAUAAGUGAGUUGAACAUUCUUUAGACAGAAAAUUCUAUAUUAUAUCUUUUUAAAACAUUUCUGAAUGAGAGUGUUCUUCAGUCUGAAAAUGUCUGUGGUGAUCAUUUCUGUGAGAUUGCAGAGUAGCUACACAGCAGGCCUGUUACCCUGUGAAGGCUUGAUAAGGUGGUGGUUCCUGGCUGGCACACCUAGGAGGAUGCGAAGGGGUUGGUGUGACCUGGCUGUGACCCACUGGUUUGUGUGGGACACUUGCUUUCUUUCUGAGAGUCUAGAGUGUUGGUACAUACCAAGCAGAAAGUCCUUUGCUACUGGUCCCUGGCAAAAUUCCAGAGCACCACAUCCCUAACAGUUUUGGUAUUAGAGAACAUUUCACAAAUGUCACAGUUCAUUUGCUGUACUAAGUCACAGCUGUGAGUGUGAGGACACAUAGAAGAUCGAUUAACCUGCUUGUAUUCUUAGGAUUGCCUGGAAAACAUGUUGUGGGUGUGUGCUGCUAGACGUAGGACAGGCAAAGAAAAAAGAUGAAAGGGAAAAGGGAGCUCUUGUGCUAUAAAAUUUAGAACUUUUUGUUUUGAUACUUCUAUGUAGCCAAGACAGAACUUGAACUCAUUAUAUAGCCCAGGCUGGUCUCAAACACAUGAUUUUUCCUUGCCUCAGCCUCCUGAGUACUGGAAUCACAGACAUGUGCCAUCAUAUCUAUCUACAGUUUAGAGGUUUGUAAUGGAAAAUACUGAUACUCUUUACCUACUUAGAGUUUUUCUUAAUAUAGAGACGAGUGGGCUGGAGAGAUGGUUCAGUGAUUAGGAGCACUGACUGCUUUUCCUAAAGACCCAGGUUUAAUUCCCAGCACCCACAUACCAGCUCACAACUGGCUGUAACUCCAGCAUCUGAAACCUUCAGACAUACAUCCAGGCAAAACAUUAAUGCAGUAAAUAAAUAAGUAAACUAAUAAACUUUAAAAAAAAAAAAGAGACUAGUAUACUUAAAAGUAGAGAUACUUUAAAGUAUGCCCAUAGGAUUACAUUCUAUUUGUGGGAGUUUAUCAUACCUGUUCAUCACACUCUUAAAACAAGACUUCAGAUGAUAGAUAAUAAAUGUUCACAAGGAAGCAAGAGCCUUACCUUCCACUCUGCCCUGAAAAGGGCCCUGUUAAAGCAACAGAUCAUUGUUUUAAGUCUACAGCUUUUUACAAAUGUGCCAUAGAAGAGUGGUGCUGAAAUUUUGACCAUUCCCUAGAAACUCAGAAAAAAAAUCUUUAUUUGUGUUUCACCUCAAAUCUUUUAACAUCUAGUCAUUUUCUUUGAAUGAUUUCUUGUGUACUUACAUGUAAACUUUGAUUAUACUAAUGUUAUUAAUACAUUCCUUAUGAUUUUGUAUUUUUUUCCAUUAAUGCCUCAAAAUG